AUGCCUGGCGUUUGCAAUAUUUGCCACGAAUACCAUGCAGACCUGGUGUAUCAUCGAAGGUUUCAUCAGAACAAAUGCAAGAUCAAGAUUCCUGGCGCUUCAGCCUCCCAGGACAUCUACAGAAAUGAACAAAGCAAAUGCUUCCACUGUCCCGCCUGCAAUGCGUCCUACCGGGUAGCUCCAGUUAUUCAGGCGCACGUGCGUAAGACUUGCAAGGCAUUCUUCAGGCUCGAAGCUUCAGACAAUGAGGAUGAUUCAGACUCAUCGUACAACCCCUACCGCAGAAAACGAGCAAAGAAUGAACGCAGGGGGCACCAUCCCAAACAUAAAAGGCGGGGGGUUGCUCUGGCUCAACAUGUUCCUGUAGUCACUACGCCUGAUCACGAAAUGGCUGAUGAGGAACGUAAUGGAGCCAAAGCGAGAACAGACGAGAUGCACGAAAAUUCAAGGAUGGGUCCUGCUGCUCACUUUGAUGCUCCCAACGAAGAAUCUCUCAGGGACGCAGAGCAGGCAAGCGCACCACACCAAGCAUUUUUACCAUCACCAGAAUUGACGGAAAGGGGACGCAGCCCUAAAGUGUCGCCCGUCCCAUCUCUGCAGUGGCCCGAGAGUCGUGACGAUAAUCUCAAUGAUCUGCCACCCAGUUUGGCAUAUCGGCCAUCCUCCAGAGUUGUCGAUGUUUCAGACCGUGAGCAACCAAACUCCUCGUUGCCGCUCGGCGCGCCUCCCAAAUCUCCUGCCAUGGCGAAACAAAGGCUCGAGCUACCGCGAAAUCUUGCUGCAUCACCACGCAUAUCUGGUAUAGUGGAGCACAACCGACGGGAAGGAACGACAUCUCGUCCUGACCGCUGCGAAAAUCUACCCCAGCGGGACGAGGUUUCCGCCAUCAGCUCGUUCUUAGCCAAGCUCACUCGUAAUUUGGCGAACGAGCUCUCUCUUGCGUUCGAAGCCUUCGGGUGCAAGACAGCAGAAGAUCUCGACGCAUUGUGCUUGAUGGACCCGGUCGAUGAUUGGGCCGUCCUGCGCGACUAUCUCGCGCAGGACCAUAAGGUGGAGCUUCUCCGCUGGCUGAUAAUCAAGACUGGCCUUGAGGCCCGCAGAGCAUCUCUGCCCUCCCAGUUUCCCCCCGUUCCAUCUGACACGGGCAUCACAGGAGCAAACGAUGCUGUCAGCAUGUGGUUGGGCGGUCUGAAGCGACCUCUUUGUCAGCAUAUCUCUCUCUUCCAUAAGUGCGGCCUGCGGGAUCUCGCGGAUCUCGACGUGCUGUGUAUGCUCGAGGAACACUGGGAUGCGGUAAAGGAUGAGAUGUCGAGGAAUAGUCUCAGUAUGUUGGAAUGGCUAGUUGUGAAAGAUGGUUUGAAGACGCGUCUGUCGAGCAUGCAAUCUCGGGCACAGUAG